AUGUUUUCCUCAAAUCGUCAGACAACAAGGCUGACUUGUGGGUUCAAAGUGAACACUAACUCACCCGAGUGGCACAAGAGCAUGACGAAAAUCCUCAAGAAAAUCAAAGGAGGAAACUUUUGGAUAGACGUGGACGAAGGAAUGGCAUACGUAACGGGUCAAGGAGACCCAAACAAGCUAUUGAAAUUGAUGGCUUCAGGGAGAGGCAAAGACGCUGAAAUGGCCUUUGUGAAAACCGGAAUACACUCUUACUUUGGCCAGACAACGCCUUAUUGGCCGGUUGAUAUGAAUUUGAGCUACCAUCCAUCUUCGUCUCGCAGUUACUACCUUUCAGGGCCGCCGGUGAUGCAACCUUACCAACAUCAAUACCCUUAUCAGGCUGGAUAUGGUUAUAGUUAUUAUUAGGGCUCUAUGUACUAUUUUAUAUAACCAGGUCGAGAUCAAGCGAAACCCUUCUUUUUUUUAAUCAGUUAGGGUUAUCUGCUUGUAUCCGAAUUUUAUUUUUGCUUUAUUUGAUUUAAAUUCUCUCUGCGUUUUAUUAGUAUUAGCAGAAGAGGAUCUUCUUUUUUUUGUCAGCAAAAAAAUAAUAAUUAAUUUAUCUGUUUCUUUAAAUGUUUUUGAAAUUUUGUAUGAAUCCGAUGAUUACUCAUUGAAGUUUCAAGGGAGUUUUGAAGUUCGUAUUUUCAUGAUUGCAUAAUUUUCCAUUUUCCUUAAAGGUAAAAGAUGGAUGUUGGUUCAUACAAAUCCUUCAACUUUAUAUAAAUUAUUAAGACCCAUAUAAUGCGAAAAGCAUAUCCAUCUAGAUUCUCUUCAAGGGAAAGCUCAACGGAUUUUUCACUUUUCAGGAUAAGAUAUAUCGUCUUUGAUAACUUUGAACGUGUUUGCAUCCAUAACUAAAACAUGUCUUUCUUCUUUUCUUGAUCAAAACCAAACAUGCCUAACUAAUGAUCUUUACCAUCUACAUUGCCAAAACUUUAUUUUACGUACACUACAAGAACGUUUGAGGUGUAGAGUGAAGUUUUUCUGAUACAUAUUGCUGUAAAUCUAAUAAAAAUAUUUCUAAAUGACAUGCUCAAAACUCUUUAUGCCCCCCCCACCGACCUGUUACCCAUUGCCAGUUCGUUAUUUUACUUAUUACCAUUUAUGCAUCCAAAAAAAACUCUAGAGUCUCUCCUGCUUGUCACCAACUUGGUGAAUGUAGAUGGAAAGUCAUCUUUCUUGGCCUCAGCAACUUUGUACAUAAUCACGCAUGUCACGGGAGAUUUUUUGUUUCAAUCUCAUUAGAUUUUUUGUAUAUUGUCAAUGAUAUAGUGUGACGAGACUUGCGUCGUAAUUUUAUACCACCAAAGAAUUUGGAUCAUCAGAGUUCCACAUAAAGGUAGAAAAUAUUAUACCAUUAACGACAAUAAUUCCAAAUAUGGAACCCUUGAUGUGAAAUAUCGAUAUGGUUAAUUACCAUAUAAAUACAGAUUGAAAAUCGGAUAUUAUAUUAUAUUUUGUUAACAAAAUCCAAUAUAAAAUUUUGAAAUUUGAAACUGAUAUACGAUACUGUAGUGUACACCACUCUCGUUCAUUAUGCAAAGAAAAUUUAACAAAACUUGCAAUUCACACAACUCAAUACAGUUGUCUUCAUGAAUUCACAAAAGUGACAAGCAUAAUUUUUUGUCAAACUUCCAGAAAACUACAAGGCUGGUCCGUUUUCAAUCUGUCACUAAAAUAUUCAUGAUCAUACUUCUUAUUUUGUAUUGAUAAUUCUUGAUUAAGACUGUUCGAACGUUUUAUACUGACUUGCGGGUUCAAAGUGAACACAAACUCUCCCCAAUGAAAAGCAUGACGAUCUCAAGAAAAUCAAAGGUUUGAUCUUUGACAUAAACAUAAAAUUAUAUAUCGUGUGCAUCGUUAAAUACCAUUUUGUAAAAUUGAAAAUGCUUUUUUAAUGAUUUUAGAAGGGAAAUUUUGAAAGACAUGGACGAAGAAAUGGCAUAUAUUAUGGGUCAAGCUGAUCCUCACAACCUAUUGAAACUGAUAGGUUCGAGCAGAGGCAAGGAUGCUGAAAUGGCCUUCGUGAUAUCUGGAAGGCGACAUCAAAACGCCUUAUUGAGCGGAUAUGAGCUACAUUCUUUUAAUAUCGUCUUAUGCUUGAUUACUUUUCUCUGAAAAGCUUCUGUGGUUGUUGUCAAAAA